AUGGUAUCUUUAGUUUGUACUCCGUUUUCUCAUCUAUUAUACGAAUCUUACUCUUCUCUUCUGUUUGGGUGUCCGAUUUACAUAGAAUUCUCUGUUCCUCUGGUUGGGUUCUUGUGUCUUAACAUCGAUGUAAUAAUGGGAGCAGCUGAAGCAAGAGCAUUGUGGCAAAGAACAGCAAGUCGUUGCUUUGUUUUCCAUGAAGAUGCUAAAAUGGCUCCGAGGUUAGCUUGUUGCCAUCAUCAACAUUCUUCUUCGGGGAACACCGAAAAAAGCAACUUUUCGUCAGGAAGUUUUGGAGAUACCUCUGAUUUCUCUUGUGAUACCAAAUGGUGGCUUAAGGGAUCAACUGGAUAUGAUGGGGAGGUUACAAAUUUCUUCUUUGAAGAUACCAAAUGCAAGAAAUUGCAAGAAUUCGUCGACUUGAUUGGGAUAAGGGAACAAGAGGAAGAAGAAGACUAUAGCUUUAUUAGCAAGAAAGAUACAGCUACAACGCCGUGGUGGAGAACCACUACGGAUAAAGAUGAGUUAGCUCACUUGGUGGCGGCUAGAUCGAUUGAUCAUAAGGUUCAAAACUGUGAUCUUCCUCCACCCCAGAAACUCCACAAGAGGAUUCACUGCACGAGUGGCGGAAAUGGGUUUAAAACAGCGGUUAAAUCGCCAUGGAAACAAGGUGUUUGGAGCGAUCGUUCAUUGAGUUACAGUAGCAGUAGCAGCACAGAGAGCAAGAACACGAGUCCAAAGUCUUCUCCUAGGAGCGAUGAUCUAGGCAAAGCUCAGCUUUUAGAAGCACUAAGGCAUUCUCAAACCAGGGCAAGAGAAGCAGAGAAAGCGGCCAGAGAAGCUUGCGCUGAGAAAGACCGUUUGAUAACAAUCUUGUUGAGACAAGCGAGUCAGAUGUUGGCUUAUAAGCAAUGGUUAAAGCUUCUUGAGAUGGAAGCUCUCGAUCUGCAGCUGAAGAAGAAGAAGGAGGAGGAAGAAGAACAAGAGCAGAUCAAAGGAAUGAAUCUGAAGAAGAGGAAGCAGAGAGGGAAGAAGAAGAAAAUGGGUGAGAUUGGGAAAUAUGUGAUGGCUUUUGCAUUAGGGUUUAGUCUCAUUGGUGCUGGUCUUCUCUUAGGUUGGACUGUCGGAUGGUUGUUUUCCUUCUAGAGUCUUGAAAAUGUCUUUUGUUUGAUCACUGAUCUUUACAAGAGCUUUAGGGUUUAUAACUUUCACUUUGCCUCUAAAAUUGUGUGUAUGUGUGUUGUCUUCAUGUAUGUAUUUGUGAUAUUUCCUCUACACAAGUUUAUUUUCAUUUAAAAUCUCUUUUAUACAAGACUAAGAAGAACAGAGAUUCAAGCAUGGAA